UCACAGUGUGCAGUGAAUCAUCUCGGUUAUACAAAAUCUUUGUACAGCGGCUCACUCAGCGCUCAUGCCCGCUGCUGCUGCUUCUGACUCCGGGAGGAUGGACGGUGUGUCGCUGCCGGGUCUGGUGGCCGCGCCGGCCUCGCCACGUACAAACUGCAACACGGAUUCAGAGGAGGACACGAUGAAUGGAGGGAUGCACACCUUCAACCAGACGCACAUGAGGAAGGCUUUCCAGCUCAUGAACGAGCUGAGGAGUAAAAAGAUGCUGUGUGACGUCCAGCUGGUGGCGGGGAGCGUUGAAGUGCCAGCUCACAGGGUGGUCCUGUCGUCCUGUAGCCCCUACUUCUGUGCCAUGUUUACAGGUACGCACACACAAACACACUGUUGUUUGAUGGCAUCAUAUCUGAUUUGUGUCUUCUGGCAUUUGCUAACCUCUGUCUGUUUUAUAGGUGACAUGAGUGAGAGCAAAGCCCAUCAGGUAGAGAUCAGAGAGGUGGACGGACAGACCCUGAGGAAGCUGGUCGACUACAUCUACACCGCUGAAAUAGAGGUCACAGAGGACAACGUCCAGGUUCUGCUGCCGGCAGCCAGCCUGCUGCAGCUGAUGGACGUGCGUCAGGUGUGUUGUGAGUUCCUGCAGUCUCAGCUCCACCCCACCAACUGCCUGGGCAUCAGAGCCUUCGCUGACCUGCACACAUGCACGCAGCUCCUCGACCAGGCCCACGCAUACGCCGAGCAGCAUUUCACUGAGGUGGUGCAGGGAGAGGAGUUCCUGGGCCUUUCUCUGCAGCAGGUGUGCAGCCUCAUCUCCUGCGACAAACUCACCGUGUCCACAGAGGAGAAGGUAUUUGAAGCGAUGAUAUCUUGGAUAAAGAACGAUAAGCCAGCUCGUCUGGAGUACAUGCCCAAGCUGAUGGAGCACGUCAGACUUCCACUGCUGUCCAGGGAUUACCUGGUCCAGAUCGUGGAGGAGGAGGCUUUGAUAAAGAACAACAACACCUGUAAAGACUUCCUCAUCGAAGCCAUGAAGUAUCACCUGCUGCCAGCCGACCAGCGGCACCUCAUCAAGACAGACCGGACCCGACCCCGAACCCCCAUCAGCAUCCCAAAAGUGAUGAUCGUUGUAGGCGGUCAGGCUCCAAAGGCGAUCCGCAGCGUGGAAUGUUACGACUUCCAGGACGACCGGUGGUACCAGGUAGCCGACCUGCCGUCAAGACGCUGCAGGGCAGGUGUGGUGUCCAUGGGGGGCCGUGUGUUUGCAGUGGGGGGGUUCAACAGCUCUCUGCGGGAGCGGACGGUGGAUGCAUACGACGCAGCGAGGGACCAGUGGAGCGCGGUGGCCAGCAUGCAGGAGAGACGCAGCACGCUGGGAGCCGCCGUGCUCGGAGACCUACUGUACGCUGUGGGAGGCUUUAACGGCAGCAUAGGUCUGUCCACAGUAGAAGCCCUGAACUAUAAAACCAACGAGUGGUUGUAUGUUGCCUCCAUGAACACCAGACGCAGCAGUGUGGGUGUGGGAGUGGUCGACGGUAAGUUGUAUGCAGUGGGAGGUUAUGAUGGAGCGUCCCGUCAGUGUCUCAGCACAGUGGAGGAGUACGACCCUGUCGCUGAUCAGUGGUGCUACGUGGCUGACAUGAGUACACGGCGCAGUGGAGCAGGUGUGGGCGUGCUGAGCGGUCAGCUGUACGCAGCUGGAGGACACGACGGCCCUCUGGUGAGGAAGAGCGUGGAGGUGUACGACCCGCAGACCAACAGCUGGAGACUAGUCUGUGACAUGAACAUGUGUCGACGAAACGCAGGUGUCUGUGCCAUUAACGGGCUGCUGUACGUGAUUGGAGGAGACGACGGCUCCUGUAACCUCUCCUCCGUCGAGUAUUACAACCCGGCCACGGACAAGUGGAGCCUCAUUCCCACAAACAUGAGUAACGGACGCAGCUACGCAGGAGUCGCAGUGAUUGACAAGCCUUUAUGACAGGGGUCCUCCCACAGAGACUGAAGCUGGAAACGCAGAUGAGGAAAUGGACGGGACGCCGUUAAUUGCCUGAAUCAUGGACGCAUCUCGAGAGUUCUUCUGGCGCUAAACCACAUCCUGAUUUUGUUGCUAUGUCCGUUUCCAUCCUGACUUUUAAAGGGCUCGGUUGCACUGGAUAAGAGACAGCACCCACACAAACUCGCUCAUACAAACUUUGUUUUGGCAAGUUUUUUAAAAUGCCGAGCACAAACCAAGUGGCUGUAUCAGCUGAUGUCGGAGGGACUUUAGCCGCCAAACAGAGUUCUUUGGAUGUCUAGUGUUGUUCAUGUGGUGCAUCAGAUCCAGCCUGGAACACUUGAAUACCAGCUGAUCUCAGACCACCGUCAGUGUUAACAGUGUGACAUCAGCCUGUGAAGAAGAAGCGUUAUCCAAAAUCCUGGACGCCUGGACUCGCCACUUUUUAAUUAUGAACCUUGCCUCAGUUGAAGAGGGGCCUGAACCUAAAGAGCUACAGAACAAUGUAAAGAAUGUAGAAAACAUCUUAUAUGCAAAUCAGCGUUCAUAUUUAAUGUUUGAGAUUGUUUUUAAGGAGGUGGAGAACCACUUGCUGAGGCCUGGUGAUCUGAUUGGACACAGGAGGGCUCUGUCUGUCGUCAAAACACUACUGAUGCACUGAGCGUUGCACUGACUGUCCUGCUGUCUUCAGAACUCAUGGGAGAAUUCAAAGUCACCGCUUAGAGGCCAAUAAUUUCAUCAGAAAUUGUAAAAGAAAAAAAGUGCCAGUUUUGCUGAUCCGAAUCCUGCUGGAGGUUUUUAGGGAUAGUGUCAAAAUGCACUGAAGAAACAACUGUACAGUUCUAAUGUAACAGAUGCAGGUUUAAGAUUUUCUAUUUAUUGUUUCAGGACAUUUGAUCACAUAGCAUUUAUUCCUUCAGAGUGAGGCUCUUUAUUUCCUCGUGCUACACUUGUGCUCCGCUCACAUUCAUGCAGAGGAUGGUGGGUGUAUUUUUAGACGUAGUUAUUUAGAUGACUGACUGGUGCCAUAGCUUUUGUAGAAAAAGAGAUUUAGAGAAGCUGCUUUAUGGAAGUUAUGUCAAACUUUCUGCCUGCAACCUUCCAUAAAUCAUGGGGCGAUCGGCCUUCAUCUCAAAGCCCUCGGACAAAAAAUGUAUAAAAUACUGCACCGACCAUGCUGUUGUUUUUGUAUGAUUAGCUAAGCAACUACAUAAAUCCCACUUCAUUUAUUACGUUUAAUGGGGUUUUUCCAUAGUUGCAGGAGUUUACUACAGAUAAAGACAGUAUAAAACUACUCAAUACACUCUUCACAUGGACCUAUGGAGCUCACUGUUAUAAUCUACAGCCACAUUAUGACAUGCUUUGUGAUGUUUAACUGAGAAAAUGUAACUGCUGCAAAUUCCCAAGCACCACGAUACAUUUCAGACUUUUAGCGCUGUGCAGUAAUGCAGGGGAAGCCUGGAUCGUGUGGUGCGUUCAAGUGUCUGUAGAGGAGUCGGAGAUAAUGGUCUAUAAGACUUAACAGCAGGAAAUAUGAAGUGAUAUUAGCUUCUUCUUUUUCAAGCCUAUUUUAAAAUCUUGUGCCAUGUUUGAAAGGACCCUGACAUUUUCCUUUAGUAAUGUUUCCUACUUAAGAGGCUCAUCAGUGACACAUAUUACAUCGAUAUCUCCAACACGUACUUUAUGAUUGUCAUUAAAGUUGAAAUGUUUUUUUUAUCGUUCCAUUAACACUUAUUUUAUGUUCCAUUGUAGGAGUUUUUGAGGGCGCUGAGUACAGCUCAAAUUACACCCUUUCAGAAAUUCAAACUUUUAAAAUGACAGAAAUAAAUAAAUGCACUUAAGGUGAUUUAAAGCACAGCUGCUGCUUCUGGACUCACAAAAGGAAAACCUUUUCGGAACAAUCGACACUCUUUUCACUGCAUUAGUGCUCUUUAAAAUAUAAACCCGCUGUUCAAUGUUCAGGUCGCUAUAACCUGAUGAAAUGGAAACCAGUGGCAGCCUGGAGUAUGCAUUGUUUAGCCUAAAAAUGCUGUUAUACUGUACAAUAAUCAACAGGAAGUAACUAUAUGCAACUUAAUGUAGACGGGCUAAAACAUGCAAACAAAUACAGCAGUGGGAUCAAGGUUCAAAGUUCGUUGACCAUGGAUAUAAACAAUUGUAAGGUUCAUUUUGUUUCUGUGCUGGAGCUUUUGACGGUUUCACACUGCUUUCAUUCGUAGAUUGAAGCUUCUAAAACAAUUUAGAGCAUAUUUUGAGGAUUUCUAAUCAUGUUGACAUAAAAUAUGGGAUUUGUCUAAUGAGCAUUUAGUAAAAAGCUCCAGAACGGAAACUAAAUCAGCCUUUGAGUCAGAUUUUCUUUGUCAAGAGGUAUGGUAUGGAAGUUGUCAGAUGAAAAAUGUUCUUACUCAGUGCAGAUGUUAUAUUUUUAAUAUCCAAAACUGUGGCUAUUGUGAACUAAAAACAUUUGAUAUCGAGUUCAUUGAUUGUGUGUUGUUUGUGACGGUUGAAUAUUAUGCGCUGACAUACAGGUGGUUUGUAAACCUUCUACCUUGAAAUAAUGUUAACCAAUACUAAGCAGGUUUACUUUGUAAAAACGA